CGCAUGGUAGAAUGCGGGAAAUCCAUGUGAACUUUGUUUUGAUUUUAUGUUUUAGCGAUUUCUCAAAAAAGAAAUAUUAUUAGUUGAAACAAAAUGGCAGCACUCGACUCAAUGGCAGAACUCACAGGUUUAUUGGAACAAUGGGGAAGGGAACAGGCAACAGCCACUUGUCCAAUCCACAUCCUUACAAGAAUUUCUGAAUUGAUGGAGAAAGAGACAGAAUCUUACUAUAAGAUGGACCCAGAUCCUUUUGACGACCGACAUCCAGGGCGAGCUAACCCUACAUGUGCUCUGGGACACCUGAUGAAAGCCUUGUUUAAAAAUGACGACUUCAUGAAUAAGCUUGUCAGUCAGCACCUCAUGGGCAGUCGUGACCACCAGUAUGACCUUCAGGCCGCAGCCUGUCGUCUUCUCCUGGCUUUACUUCCAGGACUUGAGCCUUCUAUUGUGUUCCAGGAAACGGAAGGUUUGGUGCGUCGACUUUUACAUUGGGCGGAGACGAGUGAUGACCCAUUGCGUUCCUACGCUAUUGGCGUGCUAGCAGGUGCCAUGGAAAUUCAUGAUGUAGCCGCAAACUUUAAAGAUGUCAACAGUGGUCAUAAACUUGUCUCUCUUAUGCUGAGGCGACUUCACGAGCUGAAAGCCCAGAUGGAACAGGAGAACAAGGAACAGAUUUGUAAACAGGAUGAAAAUCAUAGAUACUUUUCCAUGUUUGAUGUACACAAAGCAGACAGCACACCCGACAAAACAGAACGAGGAUGUUCAAGUGCCAAAAAGAAAAACAGUCCAGGGAAAUCAGGAUGUGAUUUAACAAACAUCAAAGAUAACUACACUAGUAACAACUUGCCAAAAGACUUGAAUAUGCCAGUAAACCUCAUAUCUAGUAUGCCAGAUAGCCCAUUAAAUGACAAUAGUUACGGAAAGCAAGAAUUGAUCAUGCCUUUGAAUCCAUCUCAUUCUAGUACACCGGUGAAACAGGACAAUAGUUGUGGUCAGAUAGAUUUAGAUAAACCAAUAAAUCCAAGUGAUUUUAGCACCACAGUUAAAUCAACAAGUGAUAGUAACCAAAUUCAUCAAGAUGACUUGAAGUUUGUAAAACCAAAUUGUCAGAGUACUGAAAAAUUGGUCAAAGAUGGCAGCAGCCCAGAAAAGGCGUCCACACAGGAAUUACAAGAUAGUAGGGAGGCAAGUCCCAUCAAAUCAGGACAGAAAAAAUCCUACCGGCAGAUGGCCAUGAAGAGGGCUUUGUCUCCGAGCUACUACAGUGAAGAAAUUUAUAGAUUUACACGUACAAAAACACGAGAGGAUUCAGUUGGAGAAUUCAGCAACAGCAGCUGGGCAGAAAUGGAGCCAUAUGUAAUUGGAACAUUCUGCCUUUCUCCACUUUCUACUGCUAUGAAGCAGAGACUGAUUCUGCAGUACCUCACUCCAAUGGGGGAAUACCAGGAGCUGAUAUCUGAUGCAUUUGAGCACAAUGCUGUAGACCUUAUCUUCUACUACAUCGAUUUGAAGUGCAACAAAGACAUCAGACUGGCAUUUGAGGCGCUGAAGUAUCUAGCCACACUGAUGUGCCAUAAGAAGUUUGCCAUAGAAUUCCUUCAGAUGAGUGGAUUACAGAGGUUACUGAAUGUGUAUCGUCCCUCCAUUGCUGCCACUGGUGUGUCCCUCUGUUUGUAUUACCUCUCUUACUUUGAGGAUGUCUUGGAAAGAGUGUGUCUCUUGCCUGAACAUGUGUUAUCUCAUCUUGUCAGCUACUUACUCUGGUUGAUGGAAUGUUCCCAUGACUCCAGUCGUUGCCAUGCAGCCAUGUUUUUUGGGAUGGCAUUCCCGUUCCGAGUGAUAUUAGACUUGUUUGAUCAGAAGGAUGGCCUGCGACGAUUGUUCAAUGUGGUAAGUACACUCGAGAUUCUCAAUGUGGAAACUCGGCGGGAUAGCCUGAAUGAAGACCAGAUCUUCACCAUGAGGCAGUCUGCACGCCAUGUGUCUCUCGCCAUGAAGCGUUACUUUGAAGCUCACCUAGCUCACAAGAUUGAUGAGAUUCGACGGUCUCAUGCCAGGAAUGAUGGCAGCUCACCUGUACAGGAAAACCCAGCCUACAAGGCUAUAAAGUUGAGUCCAGAACUUGUCCAGGAGAAUGUUGAGCUGAUGAUGGAAUUGAUGCCAGUGCGGGCACACUGGGCACCAGAGGCUACCUUUCAUAAACUGGGCGGGAUACAGCUUCUGUCGCAGCUCAUCGCCAUGGCACCUAGCUGGAACAACUAUCCGGGAAAGCCAGAGAUGAUUAGGAAUGCCCUGGAUGUGAUAAAUGUUUGUACGGUGACACCAAAGUCACAGCUUGCUCUGCUAGACUCUGUACCAAUGCUGGAAAAUCAUCGAAUCCAUGCCAUCAGUGUGUUGAUUGGACUAGCUGAGGGAGAUGUGCUGUCAGAUCCUGAGGUACAGAAAUCUGCCCUCAAUGUCAUCAUCAACUGUGUUUGUGGGCCUGUGGAGAGGUUGGGCGGUGGAGUGGGAAGAUAUAUGGGGACUGGUGCCAAGAAAAAAAUCAAUCUGAAGAUGGGAGAAGAUGUCCUUAGUCGCAUGUGGAAUGGAGUGCGAAUCAACAAUGGUAUUAUGGUGCUUUUGAAGUUACUGUCUGUCAAAACACCCAUCACAGACGCCGACUCGCUCCGAGCCCUGGCAUGUAAGGCUUUGGUUGGCUUGUCUCGAUCUGAGACCGUUCGACAAAUCAUCGGUAAACUACCAUUGUUUAAUAAUGGGCAGCUACAAAUGUUGAUUAAAGAACCAGUGUUACAAGACAGACGUCAGGAAUUUGUGAAGUUCUGUAAAUACGCAAAUAAUCUGCUGGAGCGUGUCUCUGGAAAACACUCCCACGCCAACUUUGAUGCAUCCCUCGAUGAAAUCAGAAGGGCAGAUAUCGUAGCUCAAACAAAGAUCAUCUUUCAAGAGAGGGAGCUCUUACAGUUGAUGUACAGCCAUCUUGUCUCCCAAGGUUUACAUGAAGCAGCAUCUGCCCUACAGAAGGAAGCUAAUUUACCGGUGUUCUCAUCAACUCCACAACUUCACUCCACAAGUCCUCAUUUCUUCUCUACACCCCAUCACACGCCAAAAUUGGGUCGACCGAUUUGCCCGCCAAACAACCAAUCAGCAUCCAACAGUCAGGUCACCCAGCCAAUCAGUAUCAACACGUCCUAUGGUCAGACAGAGAAUGGGUCUACUUCUGGAAGCAGUGCGGCAGCCACAUCAGGACACAUACGUUUUACCAUAGGAAGGCCUUCCCAUCCCUCCCCCUCAAAUAUAACAUACAGCAAGCUACAAUCUACACGAUGUCGAUUUAACCGGGAAAAAGAGGGAGGCCUUGGAAGUCCAGCUCUACGAAACCGAGGCAACGUCGGCAAAGCAACUGGGGAAUUUGAGAAUAGUUUGGAUAAGAUUGUGACAGAAUAUUUGCGGAAACAACAUGCCUUAUGUCGAAACCCUGUCUCUACUUGUCCCCAGAUGUCCUUAUUUCAGCCACACAGAUGUCCAGAACCACGAGGGAAGAGGAGUGCGCCAGCCAAUUUCACUUCUCGAUACUUCAACAGCCAGAUACAGCCAAGAUUUGGGGGAUUAGAAGGUGCUAGUGCAAAUCAUAAAUUCAUCUACAGCAGAUUCCGACCCAUAAAAACUUUUAAAGAUGGUGAAGAUAAUUUAGGCUUCACCUGUUGUGCUUUUUUGCCAACACAACAGCAUUUGAUAUUGGGUACCUACACUGGAGAUCUCAAGUUAUUCAACGUGGUGUCUGAUGAGGAGCCAGUCAGUUUUAGUGCUCACAUGUCACCUAUAACCAACUGCCAACCCUCAAGAGAUGGGAAACUGAUCUUGACUUCUUUUGAGGUGGAGUGGGAAAGCAUGCAUGGUUCAUGUCUGUGGAGCUAUGGGGAUAUCCUUGACAGCAAAUAUUCAUUUGAAGAUAACUAUGUAGAGUUCAGUAAACACAUCGAAGACAGAAUUAUUGGCACCAGGGACGACACAGCACAUAUUUAUGAUGUGACCACAGGCCGUCAGCUGCUGAAACUGUACGACUCCAACAAGGCCAACAACUACCAGCUAAAUAGGGCGACCUUUAACCCAACUGAUGACAUGGUGCUCAAUGAUGGAGUAUUAUGGGAUGUGCGAUCAGGGAAGUCCAUUCACAAAUUUGACAAAUUUAACCAGUUUGUGAGUGGAGUGUUCCAUCCGAUGGGAUUAGAAAUCAUCAUCAACUCCGAAGUUUGGGAUAUCAGGACCUAUCACUUACUACACACUGUUCCCUCCCUCGACCAGUGUCAGAUCCACUUCAAUCAUAAUGGCAACAUUAUGUAUGCUAUUCAAAUUGAUCAAGAACCUGAUGCAGCGGAGGAGAAAGUGAGGAGUCCAUAUGGAUCAACAUUUCGAACUUUUGAUUCCAAGGACUACAGCUCUAUAGCUACUAUUGAUGUCAAAUCCGGCAGCAUCGCGGAUUUGUGCUGUGACAAAGCAGAUUGCUUCCUGGCUGUUGUUGAGAACCAGGACUUCACCGAUGAGACAGCAACAAAAGAGAGCGUGUGCAAGCUGUACGAAAUUGGUAAAUUACGUGAUGCAGAAGACGACCAGCCAGAGGAGGAGGAAGACGAUGGGAUGGAGGAAGAUGACGAUGAUGAUGAAGAUGAUAUCCUAAAUAUGGACGAUUCUCUGGAUGAUUCCAAUGACUCUUUUGAUGGUGAAGGAGAUGAUGAUGAUGGUGAUGAUAAUGGUGAAAAUGAUGACGAUGAUGAUGAUGAUGAAGAUAUUUCAAUAUCAGAUGUUGAUGACGAGGAUGAUCUUGACGAUGAUAUUCUCUUUCAGUUAGUGUGAUGUUAAGUUCGGCACUGAAGAAUGUGAUAUUGCGACUGAGACUAUACAGAACUUAGAUCUGUAAAAAAAAAAUGGCUUUUAAUAUAUUUUUAAUUGUAACACUGUCUUUUGUCAUAUCCAAGGUAGAAUGCUUAUGUUGUGUAUAGGUACUGGUAUUAUGUCAUAAUUUUAGUCUGUUAAAUAGCUCGGAGUCUCUUAAUUUGAAAUAUAGAACAUGCAACUUAAAUGUCUUAAUUCAGUUUCUGUUACGUAUUAUUACCUUCUUAUAUUUCUUUUGCCAUUUCUUUCUUUUUUCAUUUUUCUGUUUUUCUCUUCAGCUGAUUUUAUCUGCCUGACAAUUUGAUAUAUUUUACAUUUGGUUUGGGUUCUCCAAUUUUGUGCAUUAAUUAGUUUAAUUAUGAAUAAAUUGGUCGACCAUUUGAAACACUAUUUAGGUCUAUUUAUUGAGGAGCUUGAAGUAUUGAUGAAUUAAAUGAUGAUCUUGGAAAUGAUAUUGAAGUGCUAAUUUAAAUUGUAUUAUUUAAAUGUCAGUAAUAUCGUCCUUUUGACCUUUUCUCCAAGGAGGAAAUGUUUUACAAUGUCAACUGUACACUUAAAUGUCAAAAUAUUCCUGUGUAGGUAUUUUUAAUUUUACUUAACUCGAAAAACAUUAAUUUAGUUACAGUGUAAAAUGGUUGGUUCACAGCGAAUAUAUUUUAAGUGUAAACAUCCUUACCCUCACUCAUCCUAUGUACAUAUUCUUAAUUUGACACUAAUAAUCUAGUCUUGUGUCAAAUAUUGAUGUAUCAUAUCAUAUUAAUCUUGAUUUUUGUGGGUUUGAAUGUUUUUCUGUUAAAUUUAUGAAAAAUAACCCCGAUGAAUUUAAAAUAUUAUAUGUUUUGUGAAUUAAUGGAUUAAAUACUCUGUGUUCAUCACUUUGUGUGGAUGUUUUUGUUGUCUUGUUAUCAGUAAUAGAUUUAUGUGGAAAUUCUGUUGUCAAAUUUAAGGAAAUAAGGCGAUAAACAAUAUAUUUUGUGUGGAAGUUCUGAUGUUAUCUACUGUUCUGUAGAUGUUUUCUGUGUAUCGUGAAUUAGUGAUGGGUAUUUAAUGUAACUCAUAUUUUGAUGUAAGAUUGUAGAUGUUGUGAGUGACGUGUAUUUGAUGGAAAUGUUUAUGUUGGUUUUGCCUGUCAUACUGAUAAAGCUACCAUUAGUGACAAUAUGGAGAGCCGGAAUUAUUCUGUUGUUUAAAGGUAAAAAGAAAGUGAAUUGAAAGUGUUUUGUCUGUCCUGGUUACAUGUACAGGUUCUACCCUCAUCCUCAAUACAAUGAGUCAAUAAUUAGUGUACAUGUGACAGACAAGUUUGUCCCGGUGCCUGGUAUACAUAUAAUGUCCCUUAUUUACUGAACCAACAUAUUAAAGGCACCACAUCUAAGAUGAAGAUGCCCUAUAGUAACCAAGUAGUCUGUUUGUCUGCCUCUCUCAGGUUUUUUUUCUGUUUCAGCAAAAUAUCUCAAGUUCUUUUGGGCCAGUUGCAUUAAAACUUUACUUGAUACUUAUAAGGAAGUGCUACAGGGGCAGAGAUGUUCAAGUCUUGAGGUCAAAGGUCAAGGCCUGUAAAUACUAUGAAUACUGCAAAAUGUUAUCUUCAGUUCUGUUCGAUGAUUAAACUCUGACUUUUUCUAUUUGCUUCACAAGAAGUGAUAACUCUGACUUCUUUUCCAGAUUUGAAAUAUUUCACAGAUAAAUAUUUUAAGUAAUUUUAUUGGUAAAUAUUUUGUUGUGCCAUAAUGGGACAUAAUUAGUUGAAAUGAAAUGAGUAUUCCUUAGACUGCAGGUCAAAGGUGAAGGUCAAAUUUUAAAUAUUUAUUUAUAAAGUAAUUAAGAAAUUGAUAACAAUGUAAGACCCCGGUUUGGAAUAUUCAGACUUUCCUGUUGUGUGUCUGUACUCGAUUUUCCCUUUUAGAUGACUUUGAAUGUCUUCUACUUCUCCAAAUCACUUGUUAAUGACAAACUCCUUUAUAAGAGCCACAUCCUUUAUAAUGACAACUGACAGUAUAUAAUGAAACAAAUCCAAUUGUAAGGAUAUUUUUCUGAAACAAGAAACUUUUACGCUGUUUCAACAUUUAAUGUAAAAUAAAGAUACUAAUGUAUACUAUCAUAUUGAAAGGAAUUUUGAUGUCUAAAUCAAUGUUGACAUAUUUGUCAGUAAACCUAUUACUAUUGAAAAGUAUUCUUAAAUGAAUUAUCUACAGUCUGUAUAAGAUAUGAGAUAUGUAAGUCACUGAAAGAACCGAAAGAGUGUUUUAUAAAUCAUUGAAUUAUAAAUCCAUCAUAAAUUUGGAAGUCUGGAAUUUAUCAAUUUUAAUUUCUCAGUUAAGAUCCAUGCUUCCAUCUUGUAUGUCUACAUGGUUGUAAAAAGAAAUGCAAGUGGAUAACACCAAUUAAUAAAAAAUUCAGAUAAAUAGUAGAGCCAAGAAAGAAACUACAUCAUAAAGCUGUUUCAUCCUUCUAGGACUUGCCAGUGAUGCUAAGGUCCUAACUGUUCAACCGAUGAGGUGACUGAGGAAAAUCCAUUGAGAAAAAAAAUGUCUGAAUCAGAUUGAGAGGUGUACUAGCCACAUAUUUCAGUAAAUUUCAUAAUUUUCAUAUACCUGAUAAUUUCAGAAAAACUUUGGGUACAUGUGUAUAUGGCACAUGCCUUCAUCAAUCUGGACACAUCAACCAAUGUUUUCCUUCCUUUAUAUCAGUGUAUGUUUCCCUAAUUUUUUUUUUUAAUAACACACAGUUGAUAAUUAGUCCUCUUGUAUAUAGAUUGAAGUCACUGUAUUUGUAAAUAGGUAUCACUGCCACAGUAUUAAAGGUAAUCAAUGUUAUUAAAAAUGUAUAUAUUUAUUUUAAUUAAAAAUGAUUUAAACUUUA